CGCGCCACAACACGCACAAGAACCGGAAAAAUCGUGACGAAGCACGGGAAAAAUCGUGUUCCCGGAAACGGUAGAAGAUGCCGACCGUUAAAUUCAAGGCCAUCGAAUCCUUUAGCUCCGAGGAUCCGAACUAUCCGGCUUCCAAUUUGUUGCGGCCAGACAACCGAAAGUGGAAAUGCCGUCAGCCGGGUGAGCAGACUGCGUUUGUCGUGAUCCGACUGGAAGAACCGGUGCAGAUUUCCGGCAUCGACAUCGGUAACGAACAUUCGGCGUUCAUCGAGGUGCUGGUCGCACGCAGUGGUCCCGCAAAUCCCACAUUUAGCGAAAUGCUGCUUGCAACCAAGUUCAUGAAUAUGAUCGAAAGCCGGAAUUCGACUUCCACUAACCGUUUGCAAUGCUUCAGCGGCUCCAGCCUGUUACCGACGGUGGCACAGGAGAAGUGGGAUCUUGUGAAGGUGAUUUGUACGCAGGAUUUCAAUACGCGCGUCAAGUUUGGGCUUGCCUUUAUCACGCUGCACACUAGUAGUGGCAAGAAGGCAGAUAGAAGUCUGGUGCCGGAGAAAUUUCAGCAGAUGAUUAAAGCUGAAGCAAACAAGAAACAACCGGAGAGUGGUGGAACGGCCGGUGGUAUAGCGUUGGCCGCUUUUGGACGUUUCAAACUACGUGAAGAAUCACCAGAUUCCGAUGAAGAGGGAACGAAAGUGUUUGCACGAUGGAAGCAAAAAACCGAAAUCAAUACCGGAUCGCCACGCCCUUCUUCCAGUGGUACGACCGGCACGCUCCUGCGUGAUAUAAAACCUUCGGAUGCCUUAAAAAAGAAAGAAUCAACACUGCAAGGCCUCCUUAAAAAGAAAGAAUCAACACUGCAAAGCAUUCAUGCCGGUACGGCAACCACACGUCCCAAGCCUCAGAAGUACGAGAGCAGCGACGAAGACCAAAAACCGGCCAGUGUGGCAACAGCGAGACAAAACCGCAACGAUGAAUCACUUUUAUAUGAUGCGGAGGAUUGUAAGCCGAACGAGAAGAAGCUCGCCAUCCAACCGAGCACCGUUUCUGAACGACCGCAACGACCCAAGGAAAAUGCGCGUCCGCCAGAGAAAACCGAUAAAAAUGCAUCGAAGCUGUCUUCCUCGAAGUUUAGCGAAUUUCUGCAGUUUACCGGCCAAACGGCGGAACCUGGUGCGUCACGAAUGCAUGUGUCGAAGGUUGGCAAGUCGCCUUCGACAUCAGAUAAGGGACGUCAAGAUAGCUCCAAACAUGUAUUAUCCAGAAGUGAAACAAACGCCAAAAGGAUGUCAUCGCUGCCGAUUGAAAAAGAGAGUGUUGCGGUCAAAAAGCGACCACCAUCUCCUACAACUGACAACUCCGGCCCAUCCUCAUCAUCGCAGUUAAUUAAGAAAAUUAGACCUUCAACUUCCGAACCCGUGUGUAACCAGGAAGAUGAACCAAAAAGAUUACUGUAUAAACCGUUUGGAAAGCUGCUCGAGAACGUGGUGCUGGCUAUCAGCGGAAUACAGCAUCCAGAGCGAGGCAACAUUCGAAGCAAGGCACUAGCGAUGGGUGCUAAGUACAGACCUGAUUGGGACUCCUCGUGUACUCAUCUGAUAUGCGCCUACAAGAAUACGCCAAAGUAUAACCAAGUGAAGGGUAAAGGAAAGAUCGUCGAAAAGGAUUGGAUCGAAAAGUGCUACUCUUUGCGUCGCAAACUGUCCUGGCGUAAGUUCGCCCUCGAUACCGAAGAGUGUGAAGUGACCGAUUCGGAGGACGAAAUUGUUGACAUUGCGCAACGUCCUCCGGAAGAUGAGCCGGUUACACUCACAGAUGACGAUGAAACCACGACGGAACAAGAGGCCGGUGGUCGUGUAGAAGCCAGUGAUUCGGAAGUACAACCCGAUGAAAGGGGUCGCAUGCCUUACGAUAUUAGUACGGAUGACGAAGCCGGCUGUAAUGAUGAUCAGUCGAAUGGUGGAUUGGACUUCUUCAAAGAUUAUAUAUUUUUCAUUGACAGAGGUGUAGGAGCCGUUGAUACCAUGAAGCUGGAACGGUUUAUCAAAACAUACAAAGGGACGAUGACGAAGGCCAUUAAUGAUGCAAAAUUUAUCGUUACUCGCAACAAACUGAUCGUUGAAAGUUCGUGUAAAGCACGACUCGUUAAACCCCUGUGGAUAUUCGAAUGUCACGAAAUGGAGUGUUUCAUACCAGUGGAUCGUUAUCUCCUGUAGCAGCUGACUUGUUCAAAACGCAACGACGUUACAUCGAUCAAGUUAAGGAUUUAUUCCCUUUACAAAAUACAAAAUGUGCUGAAACGCGGACUCUGCAGCA